GGAGAGGCGGGGCGGGCGGGAGCGGCGGCCGGAGGUCUCUAGGGAGGCGUUGCUGCUCGCCGCCGGCUUCCCGGGUACGGCAGGAGAACGCACGGAGGAGAAGGCGUAUCGGUUAGGCAAGAACAAGCUGUCCCCAGCCGAAAGCACGACUAUUUACAUCGCAGCAGCCACAGCAUGGUUUCGUGUUCCUCGCUUGCAGAGACAGCCGAAGAGCCCAACCACCGCUGGGGUUCGAGAAUCAUUGAAUCAUUAUGGCUGGAAAAGACCGUCAAGACCAUCCAGUCCAAUCGUCAGCCCAUCCCCACCACAACCACCAAACCUUAUAGGUGAAAAAGGGCUUUUAGGAAGUGAAUUUGAUGGAAACGAACCCAUUAAUUAGCCCUGGAUGUAUCUUCCGAUUCACGCUGUGGAUCCUGGGAGCUCUAAAUAUAGCCACUGUUUCUUGCUCACCACUCGAGCUGACAGAAGUGGGGGCUUUGCGAAUUGGCAGGCUUUCAGUUUUGUUGAGCUCGGCAGGAGGAAGUGAACGUGCUGUUGCUGCGAGCCAAGGGCAACAGGAAACAAAAAGAAAAUAGCAAGACAUUCCAGCUGCUACAUCUCUUUUAUCCCUACGAAUCUCUGCGAAGACAAGUUAUGUCAACAGCUGCUUUAAUCCAUUUGGUAAGAAACGGAGGUUAUCAAGUACGAAGGAGAGCCCUGCUGACAUCCCGCCUCUUGCAAGACGAGAAGCGUACGACAGCCGAGUGCUGCAUUUCCACCUCCGAACGCCGGGCAUCCCGCUUCGAUCCGGACGGGAGCGGGCGGCCCGCCACAUGGGACACCUUUGGCAUCUGGGACAAUCGCAUUGAUGAACCUAUUCUCCUCCCACCUAGCAUAAAGUAUGGAAAGCCGAUUCCAAAAGUCAGCUUGAGCAAAGUGGGCUGUGCCAGCCAUAUUGGGAAGCGGAAGGAAAAUGAAGACCGCUUUGAUUACGCUCAGCUGACUGAGGAUGUCCUGUACUUUGCGGUAUACGAUGGACACGGCGGGGCGGCAGCAGCAGACUUCUGCGCUAAGAACAUGGAAAGAUAUAUCAAGGAAUUUGCUGCCCAGGAGGAGAACUUAGAAAAAGUUUUGAACGAUGCUUUUCUAGAAAUAAACAAAGCAUACGAAAGGCAUGCUCAGCUGUCUGCUGAUGCAACUCUGAUGAACUCUGGGACCACUGCAACGGUGGCCCUGCUGCGGGAUGGUAUCGAGCUGGUAGUGGCAAGCGUGGGUGACAGCCGUGCCCUGCUGUGUCGAAAAGGAAAGGCCAUGAAACUCACCAUUGACCAUACGCCAGAAAGGAAGGAGGAGAAGGAAAGGAUUAGGAAGUGCGGUGGCUUCGUUGCCUGGAACAGUUUGGGACAACCUCAUGUGAAUGGUAGACUUGCAAUGACGCGGAGCAUAGGAGAUUUGGAUCUUAAAAGCAGUGGUGUGAUAGCCCAGCCAGAAACAAAAAGGGUUCAGUUGCAUCAUGCAGAUGACGGCUUCCUGGUCCUUACUACAGAUGGCAUUAACUUCAUGGUGAACAGUCAGGAGAUCUGCGACUUCAUCAACCAGUGCCACGAUCCUGCUGAAGCUGCCCACGUUGUUACUGAGCAGGCAAUGCAGUACGGCACUGAAGAUAAUAGCACGGUUGUCAUAGUGCCAUUUGGAGCAUGGGGAAAGUAUAAAAAUGGUGAGAUCAACUUCUCCUUCAGCCGCAGUUUUGCCUCCAGUGGGAGGUGGGCGUGAAGACCUGACACAGCUAUCUUUUCCUGCAAUAACCUGGAUACAACGUGCUAUAAGAGAACACAGCCAUCUGUUCAUAGGUUGACUCAGUGUCUUGUCCAUCUCUUCUGUUGCCAGUUAUGGAAGAUGCAACUGCUCCUGUGGUGCGUAAUUGCUGCUUACAGCUGAUCGUUUUUUAGUGUUUAUUUAUUCAGAUCAGCACUGGGUUUCCAGUCCCAGCAGCUCCGCACACCAUUUCAUUUGCACAGACAAGUCUCUGGGCUUGAGCUAUGACACAUUGGUUUCAUCCCAACUCUUGUUACCUAGCACUUAGUUACCUGGCAGCUGUGAAAGUCCGAGACUGAGCCAUGCGCCAUUUUCUUUGUACGUUAAUACACGGGGGAACAAAUGCAGUGUUCUUAGCAGGACAAAAAGGGAGUUUGUUGUUUUCCUGUGCCAUGCAGCCACCCGAAGCUCCCCCAUGUUUCAGGAGAAACAAGUGAAAUACAAGGGGGAAAUGUCAGAAGCAAUUAGCCUGUGGUUACGUUCUGGUGCCAGGGGCAUUCCAUGUAGCCGAAUAGCAUCCCAAUAAAGCACUGCUUUGCUGGGCUUUAGGCUCUCUCUGCUAUUACCUGUGAUCCUUCAGCUCCAAAGAGACAGAGGAAGCAGGAGCCAUGUGCUGUUGGACAGAUGGGAACCCAUCGGGCCCAAAGCCCCUACAGUCUUGGUGGACCAUGCAGCAGCCUCUGGCACCACGCUGCCUUCAGUGCGUUGGUGUCAGACAGGAGCAUGUAGGAGGGGGAAAAAAAGCAGCCCAUUUUUGAAUUUCAGAGACUGUCAUCAAUUUGAAUGUCUUUUUUUUCUUCUUCUUCUUUCUUUUUCCUAAGAAAAGGAAAUUGUUUCAAAGAGCUUUCAGUUCAAGAUUCUUUGGCGGUGUGAGACAGGAGAGCUUAUUUCUUCAUAUGUGAGGAUUUUUCUGCCCUCUGCCAAAGAUUUUUUUUUCAGUUAGUUAUGGUCUCCUAAUGGCAUAAAGACAGCUGUAAAAUGCCCAAAGCAGAAAAGCGAGGGAGAGAAGAGAAUAUUUUAAUAAUGUAUGGCCAUUUUUGUUAAGUUUUGGUUAUUGUUUCUACCAGGCAUCAGGUAGUUGGUCACCAAAAGGUAGCUUUAUACUCUGAAGAAAAGAUUUCACUUCCCUUUCUGGUGAGUCUUUGUCCAGUGAGGCACAGAAGUCCAGAGCCCUGAGCCAGCUCAGUGCUGCUGUGAUACAAACUGCUGGUGACAGGUCAACAGCAGGUAAAGCUGUUCCACAUACCUCCUUCAGCCCCAGUUCUCCCUCCCUCAAAAUCAGUCGCGCAUCUCCUGUAGCCUCCAAAUUGCCCCAUUGUGAGGAAAUACGGGCAGAGAAAAGUCAGGCUUUUCCCAUGUAGACAACGUUAGAUUUUGUUCCAUGAGUGUUUCCAACAGCACAAUUGUAAAAAAAAAAAAAAAAAAAAAAAAGCAAACCUACUGACAAGAACAAAAUGUGAAAGAAAUUGUCUGACGCUAAAUCUCCUUACAGCAAGGAAAAAUAUUUCUGCGAUGCCUGGUCUGAUUCUCAUUUUCCAGUGUGUCAGAGGCAUCUGCAUCUUUUUUUAGCCCCUUCCAGGCCCAUGGUUACAGCACAGUCAUUCCACGUGUUCUUCUUCUGGCUGGAGGCUUGGGAACACCCUGCAGGUCACAGCAUUGUACUGACAGCAUUAAUACUCUACAUAUAGACAGUACAUUGGUUGUGCGCCAUCACUUGGUGUAUUUAUAUGGUGUACAUAAUGUGUAUAUUCAGUUUAUGAGCAUAAAGAGCUUGCGACUCAAUAUUUGUAAGUCUCUACCGUGUUUGGUGCUGUUGCCAGGCAGGCAUGUUUAAUGAGCACAUCACUGGUUUACAGUUAUAAUACCUUCUCUCACCAUCUCUCACCCAGAUUUCCCCAAUUCUGUCUUCACUUGAGAUCAAAAUGUUUGGUCCUGGUCUCUGCCUUGCUUACUUGAGGCAAAAGGGCACCUUUAAUUAAGAGCCUGCAAUUCUCACCCUGCACAACCUGUUUGUGGCAAAAGCAGAACACAUCCUCUCCUGAGCACUUGCAGAGAGGCAGCACCUGACAGGCUCAGUGAGCUGCUCCAGCAAUGCAGUUAUGACCCAUUUGCACUGCACAGCUGACUCCUGCUGAAAUAGCAAGUGGUCCUCGCUAAGGGUUAACUGCACUGCAGUCUUACUCUGAGACAAAGAAGGGCUACAGUCAGCUUUGGUUUCAAGUGUCAGGCAUGAACAGCAGAGUAAGGAUUUGGACAUGCCUCAUCAACGCUGCUCAGUGCCAAAUGCUGCUCAUUCCUGUUUGGCCAUCCAUCCAGCUAGCCAGACAGAAGAUAUCAGGGGCCCCCCGGGGUGUUUGUAACAAGUACACAUUGAUUUUUUUGAGCUGUGCUGGGUACCUGCCAACCUGAAUACAUGGUAUCAAAUGCAGGGUGGUAAUGAAUAGCACCGCAGGUGCUCUGAGGAAUGGCCUGGGCUGAUGGAGUAGCUUCUGAGCACUGAUCAGUAUGUAAAAAGAAGUAAUUUUUGUACUCGAAGGAGUUUGGGAGCAUUUUGUUUGUUUGUUUUAUCCCUAUCUGGUUCAAGGCCAGGUUGGAUGGGGCCCUGGGCAACUUGAUCUAACACUUGGCAACCCUGCCUGUGGCAGGGAGGUUAGACUUGGUAAUCCUUGAGGUCCCUUCCAACCUGAGCCAUUCUGUGAUUUUAUGGUAGCCUGAUUUCAUAGAGAAUGGAAGCAGAUGGGUGCUUCUACUUCCUCCAGUAGACUGAUUGUCCUCUCAGAGGAAGGAUCCAUCCAUAGCUGCACAUAUAUUUUAGAAAGGAAGGGAUAAGACAAAGCUUUGCAAAAUAGAAGGCAGUUAGGUAAAGAUGUAUUGGCUGUUCCUAUUACAGCCUUUAAACAAUCACAGAGAAGCUGUGGUCGGAAAGGACAUGGUGAUAUCAUCCCAUCCAGCCUACUGCUCAAAGCAGAGCUCAUUUCAGAAUCAUGUGCUGCAGCAAAGGGGUGUGCAUCUACAGCCAUUGGACUAUAGAGACUGAAAUGGGGUAGGAAGAAAGAGUUUGGCAUGAGAGCAGUCUGCCUGUGGAACCACCGGAACACACUGAAGUUGAAAGCUUACCAGUACGUGAAUACCUGCAGGUACUUUGUAUGGCUACUACUAAAUGUCACAAAUAAUUAGCAGAUUCAUCUAACAGACAUGAGCUGGUUUAUCUAAAAAGCAGUAAGACAGGAGAUUACAAAGACACAUUUCUUAUUCCCUGACUGUUCCCUGCAGUUUUCUGCAUCUCACUCUGAAGUAAACAAGCUACCACUGAAGGCAGAUUGCUUUGCCAAGUGGCCCAGUAGUCCACCCAUUCCUCUUUUCCAUUGCUAACAGAGUCGCUUUCACACUGAUCUGUAUGAAUUUCUGCCUUCAUGCUGUGCACUGCCAGACUUCGAGUAUGUCAGACAUCAUUUGGUGCAGACCCUCCGUUACCAGGAUCUUUCUCUUCCCAAACAACAGCCCUGCCUUUUCUUGCAAAGACAGUCAUCUCCCUUUAGAUUUAUCCGCACCAAACCUUGUUUUUCUCCAAGUCAUCAGGAAAAACCUGCACUGUCCUGGAUGAUGGGUUUUUCUAUCAUUUGAUAAUUCUUAAUUAAGAAGCAUUAAGACUAGUAACAGGAAUUGCAUUUUAGUCAUGGGGCCGUUUUGGCACUGAUGUUGGCACAGUGAGCCAUGAGUGUGGUUGUACGGCACUGGGAUUCCCUGGUGUCAAGUAUGAAGUUGAAGGAGCAAAGCCAUGCCAAGGCAAAUGGAAACAGCUUAUCAAAAGAAGUAUUUCCUUGCCUGGACACUCCUUCUGGACCAGUGCUGUUUCUCACGGUAGAGGUGCUGCAGGAGGAAGGGGCUGGAACAGCUUUGACACAGCAUCCUCUGAACAGUCAAUCCCUUUUGGUUUGAAAAGCUCAGGGCUGGUGAAGAAUUGUGGAGCACAGUUUGUGGUUGAGAAUGGGGGUGGGGUGAGAAAUUGGCAAUAUUACCGCUUAUUACCAAUAUGGGGAAAUGAAAAUUCUGAAGAUGUGGGGCUCACUGCAGGAUUUCUGCUGAUGGAGGAAUCAGGUACUGGAUCAGCAUUUCUGUCUCAACACGCACUGUGCUGUUUUCAAAGGCACAGAGGUUUCUAGCUAAAGCAGCAGCACAAAACAGAUACAAGUUACGCUGGUUUAAUAUUAAUUUCUGUGGAAUAGAAUCACGUAGGCACUUCUAGGUCCAUUGAUCACUUACCCAAUAAGCUGAGCAUACGGUAUAGCACUCCCCUGCAGUUUCCUAGUUCUGAAGCUGCUGUUCUCCUGCUCUUAAUGCAGAGGUACCAAUGGGGAUUCCCCUUUGCCUGGCAUGUUAAGUGCUUGGGCAGCGGUGCGUGUCAUAACUUUUACAGACUGAAGUGCAGUUGUGUACAUUCACUGCAUACUUUGCCUUAGGACAGUCUAUAAUUCCUGAUGUUUAAUGUUUAUUUUUGGUGUAAUCGGUGACCAUAAUUAAUCUACUACUUCAUUUUGCUGAAGUAUUUUUUUUUUUUUAAACAUUUGUUUGUCUUCAAAUUUGUGACUCAAAUCUACAGUGGGACAGACAAGGCUGUACUGGAAUGCUUAAAUAAAGACCUCUAAAUAAAGAAUUGGCUCCUCACUA